AUGGCAGAAUCGCAAGAUGAACAUGUUUCAAGCGAGGAUCCUCCUUUAUGCACUUCACCUAGCCGAAAUUCAUUAAUGGAGGUCGAUAUAGUGGAACCGCUAGAUUGUGUAGCCUCUGACGUUUCAGAAAAUUUAUCAUACGAACAAGAAAACUUAACCGGCGAUGUCGCAGGCCAUGGUCACAAGUCGAACAAGGCCACGCAGUUGUCGGAUGUUACAGAUGUUGGAAGUGAAGAGAUGGAGCUUGUUGAUGAGUUACCAGAUCAUGAUUGCCUACAAGAAGACGAGAUACCAAGAGUUGGAAUGUGGUUUGCUCAGUUACAGAUGGCUCAUGACUUUUAUGUGACCUAUGCAAAGAAAGCUGGAUUUGCAACUAAGAUAAGGACGACAACAUUUGAUAAGAUCACAAAGGCUCCCAUUAACCAAGCUAUACACUGUAAUCGCGACGGGAUCCGCGAGUCUUGUGUUAAAGCACCAACGCGGAAGAAUACGAUUUCAGCUGCUGGGUGCAAGGUAAAGAUAUAUAUAAAAUUUGAUAAAGACGUGCAAGAUUGGAUUUUGCUCAAGGUUGACUUGACGCACUCUCACCCCUGUUCACCGAAAGAGGCAGUGCACUACCAUGAGUAUAGGCAGCUGAUCAUGCAUGUGAAGUGCGUGAUCGAGGAUAAUGAUGAGGCUGGGAUUCGGCCAAACAAGACAUUCCUUGCUUUGUCAAAUGAGGCUGGUGGCCCCUCUAACUUAGGAUUCUCAGAGAAGGAUUUAAGAAAUUAUAUAAUAGCAAGGCUCCGAACUAGCAACGUGAAUGCGGAUUUCAGGGAGAUGAUGAGCUACUUCAGGAGAAUGAAGGACAUCAAUCCAAACUUUUUUUACGCGGUGGAGUUGGACGAUGAGUGUAAAUUUAAGAGUGCAGUAUGGGUCAAUGCAAGGUGUAGGGCGUCGUAUGAAUACUAUGGAGACGUCGUGUCAAUUGAUAGCACUUACAGAAGGAAUAGGCAUGGAUUACCGUUUGUGUCGUUCGUUGGGGUCAACCACCAUGGUAGGUUGACCCUCCUCGGUUGUGCUUUGUUGGGGAAUGAGAAAAUCGCAAGUUAUGAGUGGGUUUUUAGCCAAUGGGUCAACUGCAUGGGAACUGCUCCACAGUGUAUCAUAACCGAUCAAUGUCGAUCCAUGUACCGUGCGAUAAAAAAUACUUUACCCGACACACGCCACAGGUGGUGCAUCUGGCAUAUUAUGAAUAAGUUACCUUCCAAGCUUGGGGGUUACCGUCAGUAUGGAGCAUUGUAUGUUGACCUAAAUGACAUUGUGUGGAACUCUCGGACCGAGGAGUCAUUUGAAGAUAACUGGGCUGAUUUUAUAGAUGAGUACAACUUACAUAACAACACAUGGCUAUCAAGUUUGUUACUGUACGAUUACUUCACACGCUUUUAUUGCAAUUGUUUGGCAUCUGAAUGUUUAGUAUAUGUGUAA